AUGCUAAACUAUGUAUGUUCAUUUUGUGAAAGAGAGUUCAGUCAUCGUUCUUCAUUACGAAAUCAUGUAAAAAUUCAUGAUAAUGUAGUUAAUAAGAUUUUACAAGAAAUUUCUGAAGAAAUAGAGCAAGAGACGAAUACUUGGAAAAAGGAGGAAGAAGAGUUGAGCGAUAGCGAACAACUACAAGAAGAGGAGAAAGAAGAGUUGAGAGAGGAGAAAGAAGAGUUGAGCAACAACGAACAACUACAAGGAGAAGAGAAGGAAGAGUUGAACUAUAACGAACAAUUAGGAAGAAAGGAGGAGGAAGAGGAGGAGGAAGAAGAAUUGAACUAUAACGAACAAUUAGGAAGGGAGGAGGAGGAAGAGUUAAACUAUAAUGAACAACCAGGAGAAGCAGCAAUUAAAGAGGAAGUGAUCGAUAAUGAUAAAAUCAAAUAUUUACUGCUUUACGUUGAACUGAUUCAAACCUUUGAGUCUAUUGAUAUUAGUAGUUUAACAAUAUAUAAGCCAGAAUUUCCAAGUGAAGAAUUUGGAGAUUUUAUAGAAUUGCUUACUAGGUGGAACUUAUCAGAUACAUGCAGUAGUGAUAUACUCAAAUUUGUACGCAAGAUUUGCUAUGAUGAUAUAAUUUUAUCUUUAUCAGUAAUAUAA